GGUUUUUUUUUACGUUUCAUGAUUGUUGACUUUACCCAAAAAUCAUCUACUUCCGCACAGGCCUGGAACGCAAGAUCCAAGAUGGCGGCGCCUGGCAAUGAAGAGGAGGAACUAACGCAAGAACAGACAGAGAAACUGUUGCAGUUUCAGGACUUGACUGGUAUCGAGUCAAUGGACCAAUGUCGUCGUACACUUGAGCAGCAUCAUUGGAAUAUUGAGGCAGCUGUUCAGGACAGACUAAAUGAACAAGAAGGAGUUCCCAGCGUCUUUAAUCCACCUUCCUCUCGUCCACUUCAAGUCCAUACAGCUGAUCACAGAGUCUAUAGUUAUGUAGUUUCAAGGCCUCAGCCUAGGGGUCUCUUAGGAUGGAGUUAUUACUUGAUAAUGCUUCCAUUCCGAUUCACCUAUUAUACGCUACUGGACAUCUUUAGAUUUGCUAUACGGUUUAUACGACCAGAUCCUAGGAGCCGAGUUACUGAUCCUGUUGGGGAUGUAGUUGCGUUUAUUCAAAAUUUUGAGGAACAGUAUGGAAGGAUCCACCCAGUCUUCUAUCAGGGAACCUACAGUCAGGCACUGAAUGAUGCCAAACGUGAGCUUCGCUAUUUACUAGUUUACCUUCAUGGUGACGACCAUCAGGACACAGAUGAGUUCUGUCGUAAUACAAUAUGCAACCCAGAGGUUGUAAACUUCAUCAACACUAGGAUGCUUUUCUGGGCCUGUUCCACCAGUAAGCCAGAAGGCUACAGGGUGUCACAGGCUUUACGAGAAAACACCUAUCCAUUUUUGGCAAUGAUCAUGCUGAAAGAGCAAAGAAUGACGGUAGUUGGUCGUUUAGAAGGCCUUCUUCAGGCUGAAGACUUUGUCAAUCAGCUGACAUUCAUUAUGGAUGCUAAUGCUACAUACUUGGUAUCAGAGCGACUUGAUAGAGAGGAAAGGAAUCAGACGCAAGUGUUAAGACAGCAGCAAGAUGAAGCUUAUUUGGCUUCACUUCGUGCAGACCAGGAAAAAGAAAGGAAGAGAAAGGAGGCACAAGAAAAGAGGAGAAAGGAGGAGGAGGAUGUCAGGCAACAGAUACUUGCGGAAGAAAGAAGACAACGGAGUUUGCAGGAAGAGAAAGAACGCAAGUCUGAACGCCUUCCCCCUGAGCCUUUUCCAGACAAUCCAGACAGUGUUAAAAUUGUCUUUAAGUUGCCAAAUGAUACUCGAGUGGAACGGCGAUUUCUAUUUACCCAGUCAUUAACAGUGAUAUAUGACUUUUUGUUCUCCUUGAAAGAAACUCCUGAGAAAUUUCAAAUAGUUGCUAACUUUCCACGCAGAGUACUGCCCUGCCUGCCUACAGAGAAAGAGCCAAAUCCACCCACCCUGCAGCAAGCAGGAUUGAGUCGCUGUGAAGUCUUGUUUGUUCAAGAUCUUACUGAUGAUUGAACCAGAAGCUAACUAUGGGAUCAAUUUUUAAUAGCUGCACAGUAUAAUGGAUCACAGAGACUUUCUCACAAAUGAGCCAAGUUUCUGCUGCAUUGGUUGGCAAACGUCUAUGCAGCUAGGUUGCUCAUCAUUUCCUGGGAUGAACUGCGCUGUCCAUCACUAUGCUAUUUUAAAAAAAAAACACAAAAAAACCCUGCAAUGUUGAGCAGUUUUUGAUCAGAAGAUAUAAAAGUAAAUUAAUCCAUUUCUCCACCUGCAUUGACCCUAGAAUACACCAUCGGAGAGACCUUAUCCCUUUAUCUGCUAACUUUGUUUUCCCAUUUACCUAUAUUUAUGUUGUAUUUCUAUUAAAAGAUGGAAAAAAAGAGAGACCAAAGGAGGGUUGGCUGUUAUUGAAUUGUUUGAACCUGGACUGGUUUAAGUUCUUAAUUGCCAUGGCCUUUGCUAUGGUGAAGCCUCAGUAUGUAGUUUGUCAGCCUAUAGUGCCUGUGGUAACUAGAGCUUGCUCCAUGUUUAAUACCUGAGCAGGCUUAUUGUACUCGAGGUGUAAUUUAUUCCAACAGUAUAAAUUAAAAUCGUUUUAGAAUUU